UAUAUAUACCAGCCGCGAGCGUUGCUAGCUCCCUCACGAGCUAUAGGCUAGCUGCUCUUCGUCGUCGUUGCACCGGCAGCGAAACAUCGAUCAGUGCAGCUACCCAAUCAGAAUCCUCUGUCGAUCGCAGUUUAUUUCGACAGUUUCUCAUUAGCGGCACGCAAAUCGACUGCAGAUGUCGAAGCAAAAGAUCGUGAUCAAUGUGAACAUGCCGUGCGCCAAGAGCCGGUCCAAAGCCAUGGAACUGGUCGCUAAAGUUACCGGGGUGAGCUCGGUAGGGGUCACUGGCGACAGCAAGGACCGGCUGGAGGUGAUCGGCGAGGGCGUCGACACCGUCUGCCUGGUCACAUGCCUGCGCAAGAAGGUUGGCCGCGCCAACAUCGUGCUGGUGGAGGAAGUGAAGGACAAGAAGAAAGAGGAGAAGAAGCGGCCAGAGCUGCCGAAUUGGUGCCCCGGUUACUACUACCACCACCCGCCUCCGGCGGGGAUGGUUGUCUGCGAGGAGCCAAGCAGUUAUUGCCACAUCAUGUAAAAUAGUUAAAGAUGGAAUUCGCCCUAUAUCUACGUGUACUAAACUUUUACAAGCAGCUUUCAGCGACUUAAUCAAUUGCUUGAUUUCGCUUUGUGAAGUGUGCAUGUGCAAACUGACACUGAAGUUGGUAUUUCUUGUUAUUAGCCCUGAGAUUAUCCAUUCUUGUAUGCGUUUCUCUA